AUGUACGAAGACACCGGAAGCUCUACCGACACACGUAGGUACAUCGAUCGAGAUCGGGUAGAACCGCACGAUAGACUAAUGCGCGACUACUUUGUUGAAGACUCAAAAUUCGACGGGCCAUUUUUCCGUCAUCGUUUUCGCAUGAGCAAAAUGUUGUUUUUGAAGAUUGUUAAUGAUAGUGAAGCUAGGUUCGAGUACUUUCAAGUACGAUAUGAUGGCCGGGGGAAAAGAAGCUUCACGGCUCUACAAAAAUGCACAUCGGCGAUCAAACAAUUGUACACGGGUGAACCUCCAGACGCGUAUGAUGAGUAUUUGUGCAUUGCGGAAAGAACAUCACGUGAGAGCCUCGAGUAUUUUUGUGAUGUGGUCAUUGCUUUAUACAAACCGGAGUUUUUACGUAAGCCGACAUCUCACGAUGUUGCUCUCAUCACACAAGCGCAUGAAGAAAGACACCUCAUUUCAGGAAUGCUUGGUAGUCUUGAUUGUACACACAUCGAAUGA